AUGGAGGCAAGCAAGGAAACGAGGUUACUGCAUUCUCCAGGCUUGAAGUUUAGGCUACUAACAUGCAUUUUUAGUCCUACAAUUAUUCUACCAGCAUUGGUGUACUUAAUUUCAAUAUUUUCGGUCCAUUUUAUACAGUAUUCACAACUUGAAGACUCAGGACCCUCUGCUUCUAUUGUUAUCCAUACCGUAAUAUCCACAUCCACAGGUGCGACAGGAACGGUGACGGCGACAGUGACGGCGACAGCGACGGCGACAGCGACGCCUUUUCCCGAAAACUAUUUAGAUCUAAAUCGGGUAAAUGAAACGUUACUCGAAUAUGUUAAAGUACGAGUGAAUAAUACUAUCGCCCUCACUAAUACUUAUGCCCAGGGCAAGUUCAAUGAUUCUGUUAAUGAUUACAUUAGUGCCUGGAACGAAUCCUUGUACGGGCGCAUCCGAACACAACUAGCAGCGGAAGAGCUUAUGCUGUCAUAUAAUACAUCUAUCCAUGAUAAUCUAGAAAUACAAUCUGAGCGGAUGAAGUCCACCAUUGAUAAAAUUUCAAGUUACGGUUUUACAGUAGGUUCACAGGAAAAUGCUCAAGACUUGAAGAAUACUCUUACUAUUGACCGUUCGUUUCUGGCCUCUCUUUUUGGCGCUGUAGCUGACGAGCAUUCUAAGCUAAAGGACUUUAUACUUCCAACACUACCGCGUCUACAAUGGACACCACUAAAAUCUGAAGAAAUUUUGCCGAAGCUCAAACAACACACAGAGGACCUUCUAGACGCCCUUAACUCAUUAAACGGUAACAGUACCAUAUUCUCCGCCGCUGCAGCAGUAUAUCCCCGUAACUCGGCCCGGAAUAGAAGGAAGAUUACCGGGCGCCUAAGUGCAGUGGUGAUAGCAAUAUUACUCGUUACAGUGCUUGUUCUGAUGCUCAAGGAAUGGUUUUGCUUCAGACUGCAAAACCACGUCAUACUGCGCAACGUCCAAACAACCUUGCAGGAAAAACAAAUAGAGCAAGCAAUGCAGCCCUCUGUAACCGCCGCAAUAGGCAAUUGCAGUUUCCUAAUAGCUGAGAUCCAAACACUGGCCUCAACGCUUCAGCAUACUCUCGCAUACCUAGUUCAGAACUUACAGUUCAGACUUUACCGUCAUUGGCGGCUCAAUCGGCCCACAAACAUUCAUCCAAUACACAUCACUGAUCGCCGCUGGCAGCAGAUUUCAGCUUGGAAUAUAUGGUACAUCAGCAGUCACGCCGUAAACCUCUGGCUUUCUCUGUUUGUCAUAGUUACAGAACGCUUACUCAUUUCCCAUCUAUUCAAAGACGCCACGCCAGUAGCGUCUCUCAUCGUGAAGCGCUCAGCAGAAAACCCAGCAACACACAUAGCAAAGCUAACCGAUGCCUUUGCACAGAAGCUUGAUACAAAACUCCUAGGUAUUAUUAAUGAAACCCUAUGGCAAUCCGCGAAUGGAACACUCUCCGCAGCAACCGCUGUAUUACAGAAAGAUAUGCAAAACCUAGUGUCGACCGUUGCAAACGCCCUUCCAACAUCCAUACAGGUCCCCAACUGGUCCUAUACUCCUCAAUUACUACCUAUAACUUCUACUCCAUCCUCAAAUAUUACGUCCACCCUGCUUUAUUUGUUGGCGCCAAACCCGGGUCAUCGCGCAGAACCCCUUUCCUCGCGCUCGCUACAUGCUAUAGCACUGACCGCGCAAAUACCGAAACUUCUAGGUCUGGCUACAUAUGCAAUUAUAGUAACGAUAGUCGUACAUGCACUUACAGGCAUCAUCGCAGCCUUAUUUAUCUCAUAG